AUGCACCUGCAUCUUUCAGGUUUCCUGUUCUUCUUGGUGAUCUUACUGCCUGCAGGCAACUGUAUGGUUGGGAACAACGGUGUCGACCUUCGAACAUGCACUGAAAUCAACGGGGUUUGUUUCUUCGGCUGUAGGCCAGGAUGGACAUGGAUUGCGUUCUGUAACAACAUACUGUCCUGCUGUAAAAAGGAUACAAUGUUUUUACCUCCUCAGUCCAAAGUUAUAUGA